GGUGUGACCAGCUGCCAGUAGUAAAGCUCACUUGGCUGUUUCUCUCUUUCCUUAUCAGUUCUUGCUGUGUGGUAAGAGGAGCGUGACAGCAGGCCACAGCCCAACAACACUGCAACAGAACUAAUCUGUCUGAGCCACAUUAACAAACAUGGCAGAGCAGCUACAGAAGCUUGUAGCAGAGAAGAAGGAUAUGGUGGAGACUGUGAUGGAAGUGUUUGAACAGGGAGCUGAAGUAGUGGCCAGUAUCGCUGGUGACCUCUUCUCCAUUUUCUCCAUCGCCGCUCCGAUUGUGAAACUGGCUCUGAAAAAUGUGGAGAGCAAAGAGGCCACAUUCAUGACGGAGCAGUUUCAGAAGGUACAAGAGCGUCUGGAGGUGGUGUCAGAGGAGAUUCAGCGGAUCAACGAUGAGAUCAAGAAAAGUGGAAUGGAUGCUAUGUAUUUCUCAGUGGAGGAGAACAUCACAAACCAGUUCAGGAAGUACAUGGACAUCCUUAAUGCCAAGCCCAAGAUCAGGGAAGUCAAGAAGAAGCUUUUCCUGGACCAUUUUGCCAGGACGGGUGGUGACAAAAACCUUUACACCCUCUACAAUGCUGUGACAGGAGACAACUUCCCUGGAGAACCUGUGCUAGAGAUCGCCCUCAACUACGAGGAGAAAAGUCGCCGGGCGAUGGAGGAGUUCUGCGCCAGGCUGAAGAAACUUUUCUGCAUCGGACUCAUCGCACUGUUGGGCCAUGCUGCUCUGAAGGGAUAUGAUGAAGAGGACGCACUUCUGAAAGACUGGAGUGAGAAAAUGAACACCGUCCAGGCUAAAAUGAACACUGUGAUUGAAGACUGCAUCGUCAGCUUCCCCACACAGGCCGAACUGGAUUCCCGUCGUCUGGUGAAAGACCAGUUGGGCUUAACCAGCCAGCAGUUAGCUGACGCUCUCAUAGACACACUAAAGAAGAAAUAUGACUGGGUGGGCUGGUCCGUGCGUAUAUUCUGGUCCCCCUCAGGCUGGUUUGUCGACAAGAAGGAUAACCACUGCCCGACAGAGAAGAGUCACUUCCAGGUCUCUUCAUCGGAAGAGAAACUUAACAUCUGGGUGUCCUACAGCUCCUCCCCUGAGCCUGUGGAUAAGAAUCACAUCCAGCAGCUGAUCCUGAGUCUAAAGAAACCCACGGUGGUGAAUGCAGCAGAGACCCUGUUUGAGAAGUUGCCCGGCGACUGUGUGGUCCACACGGUCAAAACCAGCAAAGACCUGGCCUGCUCCUGGAGUUUCACCGAUGAGCUCCACUACUGGGAAGAACAGAAUGACUUCUACGUCUGCGUUCACUCCGCUUGAAUUUUGAGAUACUCAAAAGGCCCUUAUUCCAGAUUUGUAGGCUUUUCUAUGUUAAUCACAGAUUCAAUUGCUGCCUCUCUGCUCAGCCUUAGCAGUGAAAUAUUACAGUAUGUGCCUUAAUUCCAUCUCCCUGUCUUUUUUAAGCAACUUAUUCUCUUUUUCUAAGAAUGUUUACUGUUAGUUUCUUUCAGACAUGAGGUGCAACCACUAGAAACCAAGAUAAAAUAGAUUUUUUUUCGCUAAGAGUAAUGAUCGUUCUGAUCUCACACAGCUGUGCAAACCUCUCGGUUCAGCCUGUAUUAUAUUCUAGUCUCUUUUUGUUAUGUUUUGUUUGUAAGUAUUAGAUUGUGAAAUUUAACAAUAUCCAAGCUGAUCGUUUCUGACAAAUUCUGUCGUAAGCUCUACCACUGUAUUUUACUUUUUACUGUAGUCAUAAAGUUCUGGAGGAUGUGGUAGUUUUGUUACAGUGGGGCAUGCUGGGAAAUAUGUUGAAUUAGAGAAUCCAGCUGUCAUACAGAGAUUAUGUUUUGCAGGUAGUGAUAAGCAAUGACCUCGCCCUGUUGAGGGUGUAUUAACCAAAGCCAUGAGAGAAAAUGGCUCCAGACAUUUACAGAGAUUGUAACAAAAGCCUUAAAGCCUUCUUUUUGAUUUCAUGUCUUAUGCUGAUCUGACAGAAACAGUAGACCUUGCUACUGGCUGCUGUACAGCACAAGCAAAACACAAAAAGCAGAAGAGACAAGGGAUAUGAUGAGGAGGACGCACUUCUGAAAGACUGGAGUGAGAAAAUGAACACCGUCCAGGCUAAAAUGAACAC